GUCACAAACAGUAUCCAGGCAAUCGCCAUGGCCAGCGAACCACAUACGCUCUUGGACCUCGAAACUAUAAAAAUUCAUUAUGAUAAGCGUGCAUUGGAAUCGAUCGAUCGUGGCUUUACGUCAUUAUUGGUCAUAUUGACCACUUUUUCGGGCAUCGUUUUGGCUCGCGUUGCAACACACCGGCUAUGCACCCGAGUCAGUCCAAUUCUGUGCUUUCUCGUCGAGUUUCCACUGAUCGUUCUGCCGGGCGUGCUCUUCGUCACAGUAGCUCAUGGAUAUAGUGGACUCUUUGUGGGAAUCGUGGCCAUCUUAUUUCUUGGACUCAUCGUGACGACGGGUUCUCUGUCGCGUGCCAGGAGUCGCUCCCACUUCGAUUUGGGCAAACGUCCGACGGUUCUGACCAUUGUGAGGGCGCUGACCCAAUUGAUUACCGCUAUUUGCAUACUCGCCAUUGAUUUCGAAAGCUUCCAUCGGCCAUACCGCAAGAGUCGACUGUUUGGCGCGCAACUUAUGGAUACCGGCAUUGGUUUGUUUGUGGUAACCAUGGGAUUGGUUUCAAGACGUCCGCGAAAUUGCGUCGAUCUUCGAAGGAGUCUUUUCCGUUCAGCUUUGCCGCUUAUUCUGCUUGGAUUUGCACGCACUCUGGCCUUGGAGAUUAUUGGUUAUGGCCAGGAUGAGCAUGAAUAUGGCAAGCAUCUGAAUGCCUUCUUCACGCUCGGAUUCACCAAGCUCUUUGGCAGUCUCUUAAGUUAUCUGCCACGCAGUGACUUUCAGUUGGUUCCGCUGGCAAUAGCUGUAUUGGUUACCCAUCAAUUGGGUUUAUCCUUUGGCGGAAUCUCGGCGUAUGUGAUGGACGAUGACUUGGCGCGAUCCUCGUUUCUAAGCGCCAAUCGGGAGGGACUGCUCUCUCUGCCAGGAUUCGUUUGCAUCUACUUGAUAUCCAUUUACCUCAGUCGUUGGUUGGUCUCCAAAACGCUGCUCAGUUAUGCGGAAAUGAUACGGAAACUGAGGUACUUUGGACUCUUUUCCCUGCUCUGUUGGGUUUUAAUGGUGGGAGGUGCGAAUGCUGUGGGGAUUUCACGAGUUACCUGCAACAUGGGCUAUGUCUUCUGGAUGAUUGCCAUAACCAGCACCAUGGUGUGGUUAACCAUGUUUAUCUUUGAUUUUAUCAUCAGCAGCGUAUUGCCCUUGGAUACAACGAUAGCUCUAGCUGAGAAUCUGGAGAAGGGUUCGUCGAGUCCCAAAACUGUUGCUCCGGAAAAGGGAGGAGUAUUUCUUAUAUGCGAGGCCUUGAACAUGAAUGGGCUCACCUUCUUUCUGCUGGCCAAUGUCUUAACUGGCGGUGUGAAUAUAUUUCUAUCACCAGAGAAUCGAUCAAAUUUCAGUUCAGUUCUUAUCUUAUUGGCCUAUAUGUUGUUGGCCACGUUUGUUGUCUUCCAACUAUAUAUGAAGCGUAUUCGUAUUGCCUAAAAUGUUGCCACGUUUUAUCUUUAUUAUUAUUUUAUGCUGUGAUAAUGCCAUAGAAUUUAUUAUAAUAUUUAAAAUAUUACUAUGACUGUACCCAAAACGGAGUCAGUUGAAUUUAAAAAUCAUUUGCUUGUUUUCCGGCACUCAUAAUUUGUUUGUCUUUAUUAUCUUGUAAGUUAUACUAUGAUAAUUUCUGAAGUCCAUUUUAUAAUAACUUAAGCUUGAUAAUAAAAAUGACGUAUUAAACGACUUUAUCAAUUAUUAGAAAUUUAUGGCAAUAGGUAUAUAAUAUGCUCAAUUUAAGUGUGGUUUUUGGCUAUAUGAUUGAUUAUAAUAAUAAAAUAGUUUUUUAUUUACUUGAUAAGAAAUUCAAAUUUUGAAAUG